CCGGCACUGUUCAUGACUGCUGCAUAACACUGCGUGGUCAUUUCCAGAUUGAAGCAGCGACUGAGAGCCCGUCUUACAGUUCAGAAUGUCCCCGGCACACCGACCUGUCUCCCCGCGCCUUACCCACCUCCUCCCCCCGCUGCUGCUGCUGCUCCGGGUGCAGCAGUGCCUCGCGACCCGGCCUCUGCUCGUGUUUCUGAUCGACGGGUUCCGCUAUGACUACAUGGACGACCUGAACGCGCUCCCCGGAUUUCGCGAGCUCGUGAGCAGUGGGGUGAAGGUGGACUACAUGACCCCCGACUUCCCGAGUCUAUCAUACCCCAACUACUACUCACUAAUGACAGGGCGACACUGUGACAUUCAUCAGAUGACGGGGAACUACAUGUGGGACGAAGCUUCCAGGAAGGAGUUUGUGAUCGGGACCAACCCCGACAGUCUGAUGCCUCUGUGGUGGGACGGAUCGGAGCCUCUAUGGGUCACCAUGCAAAAACUGGGGAAGAAGGUGUUCAUGUACUAUUGGCCCGGCUGCGAGGUGGAGAUUCUGAGGGUCCGUCCAGCAUUCUGUGAGAAAUACGUCUACAAUCCAUCGGAAAAAAACCUCACAGACUCUAUAGAGAAUGCUCUCAAUGUCAUCAGGUCAGGCCAGGCGGGCAUGUCAGCAAUAUAUUAUGAGAAAAUCGAUGUGGAGGGCCAUCACUUCGGUCCAGACUCUCCUCAGGUCAGGGCAGCUGUGCACCAGCUGGAUCUUGCCAUCCAAACACUCAACAGGAAGAUCAAAGAGAAGAACAUGGUGGACCAGCUGAACGUCAUGCUGUUUUCAGACCACGGUAUGACGAAGAUCCAGUGGAUGGAGAAGGUCAUAGAGCUGGACAAGUUCAUCAACAUGUCUGCCAUCGCUAAGAUGAUGGACAGAGGGCCGGUGGUCAGUCUGUGGCCCCACCAUAACAUGCACCAAGAGGUGUAUGCUGCGUUGUCCCAGGUCCCCAACAUGCGAGUCUAUGGCAAAGAGGAGAUCCCUGAACGUUUCCACUUUAAAGGAGGGAGGUUCGUUCCCCCCCUGACGCUGGUGGCUGAACCGGGCUGGUUCAUCGCUCAGAACAAAGCCAUGCUCCCAUACUGGCAAAACGACACUGGAGAGGCCUCAGCAUGGCAAAAUGGUUGGCAUGGUUACGACAAUGAGUUCCUCGACAUGAGAGGCUUCUUCUUGGCUUCAGGACCUGACUUCAAGCGGAAUGUUCGAGCGGCUCCCAUUCGGGCGGUGGAUGUCUACAACGUGAUGUGCUGGACGUUGGGAGUGAAACCGUUGCCCAAUAAUGGCUCCUGGUCUAGGGUGGAGUACUUCCUGAACGGCUCUGAUGGUCCGUCCAAGCCCAUGACCCUCUGCUGUAUGGGUUUGUUAGGGAUCCUGCUUGCACUUUGGAACUAAGGAAUGAAACGGUUCAGCGUUUAUGGCGUCUGAUGGUAGGUGAGAAUGAUCUGCUAGAAAGAGUUAGAACAUUAAGUUGAGGUUAAUGCAUCUAAAAGUCAGGGAGAGAAGUGAAGUGGCUUAGAUAUGGUUAGAGCAUUUUUAAGGACCAAGAACUUGAAGCCUUAAAGGGCCUUUAAAGUUUUCCAGAACCACAUCCCAACUAACGAAAUGGACUUGGGAAAGAGAGAAACCUUCAACGCCUCAGAGAGGACUUCCAUUCUGGACUCUGAGCAGCCCUGAACUCUUACGUCCCUCCCCAGCUCUCCAUGUCUGAACUAAUGAUUACUGAUCAGGUUUAGCUGACCUUCCUGGGAAGAACUCAGUUAUUUAGAACUAAUUAUGGGGAAACAAGAAAAUCUAGGAAAUGAUACAGAACAAUAAACAAUAAAACUUGUAUCUGACUUUGUGUGGUCGAUGAUUAUGACCGUAUCAUUUUUAAUGUGUCUCCAACUUCAUUCCAUUGUGCAAUCCUGCGUUGUAUAUUGGCAAUAAAGCUGAACCUUGAAUUCA